AUGGCAGCCAAUGAUCCCCGUCUCAACGAGCUCCUGAAAUGGAGCAUCGAGAACUCAGACGUUACAAGAAAUGACCCCACGGCACCGACGGGCGGUUCUGACCUGACGCCUGAUGUCAUGGCCGCCCUCAUGGGUGGCCCUUCAGAGGCCGACUUGAUGAAAGCCGCAAUCCAGGUCAUCAGCUCCGAUGAGCCUGAAAUCACCCUUGACGACAAGCUCGUUGCUUUCGACAACUUUGAACAACUCAUCGAGAACCUCGACAACGCAAACAACAUUGCCAACCUUGGCCUUUGGACACCUCUUCUCGAACAGCUCAAAUCAGCAGAGAAGGAGUGUCGGAAAAUGGCCGCUUGGUGUGUGGGAACGGCCGUUCAGAACAACGAGAAGACCCAGGAGCGGUUACUGGCUGUGGGAGGACUUCCUACUCUGGUGGAACUGGCAACGCACGAAAAUGAGCCCAGCGACGUGAGGAGAAAAGCGGUAUACGCGUUGAGUUCUGCGGUGCGGAAUUACCAGCCGUCGAUGGAUAUCUUCGCGGAGGAACUCGGGAAGCGUGGUCAAGAGACUGCGAAAAUCGAUGCGGCAGAUAUGGAGGCGAUUGAUGUGAUCAUGAAUGAUCUCAGGGAGAAGGCAAAGGUUUCUGCACAAUGA